AUGUGUGCCCUACGUAUCUCCGCCCCGGCAAACUCGCCAAUUUGCUUCUGCUGCCAGGAAGUUCUAAUACGAUACAAUCUCUGCCCCCAUGUCCUCCCUCAUAUGCGGUCUUGCUCAUUGGAGAAAAGCAAGGCGCCACCGAAAGCAAAUAGAACGUGGGUGAACCUCUUCAAACAUGUCAAUCUGCACAAGACUAAUCUGUCGCGCCCAGAGGCCGCCCAAUAUCUGGAUCAACUUCCGUCAUGGGAUGCCCCGGAUAACACCGUCAUAAUGGAGGCGUUCGAGUGGGAUGUGCCAGCCGAUCACAAACACUGGCGCCGUCUCCAACAUGCGCUACCUUCGCUCAAGGCAAUUGGGGUCGAUAAUAUAAUGAUUCCUCCCGGCACCAAACCCAUGGACCCGUCUGGAAAUGGAUACGAUCCCUAUGAUCUGUACGACCUCGGCGAGUUUGACCAGAAAGGAUCGCGCGCGACAAAAUGGGGUACUAAGGAGGAACUGCAGGCUCUAGCCCACCACGCAAAAACCCUUGGAAUCGGGGUCUACUGGGACGCGGUACUCAACCAUAAGGGAGGCGCAGAUUUCACAGAGCGGUUUUCGGCCGUCAAAGUGGACUCACGACAUCGAGACGUGGACGUGCCCCCCGUACAAGAUAUUGAAGGCUGGGUCGGGUUCGACUUCCCAGGUCGCGGUGACCGCUAUAGCUCGAUGAAAUAUCAUUGGUCUCAUUUCAGCGGAGUCGACUGGGACGAAUCCCGGAAGGAAAAGGCAAUAUACCGCAUCGUUGCCGAUAAGAAGGGCUGGGCGAAGGACGUCAGUCUUGAGAAUGGCAACUAUGACUAUCUCAUGUUUGCUGAUUUGGAUUAUUCCAACCCCGAAGUCCAGCAAGAUGUUCUCAACUGGGUUGAAUGGCUUUCGGAGCAGCUGCCGCUCAGCGGUAUGAGGUUAGACGCAGCGAAGCAUUAUUCCGUGGCUUUUCAAAAGAAACUAGUCGAUCGCAUUCGACGCAACAUUGGGCCCGACUGCUUUAUCGUUGCAGAGUACUGGAAAGAACAGACCGGGUUCCUUGUAAAUUAUUUGGAGAAAAUGGAGUAUCAAGUGUCCCUCUUCGACUCCUCCCUCGUCGCACGAUUUUCAAACAUCUCCAGAACGAAAGGCGCUGAUAUCCGCCGGGUCUUUGAGGGAACAUUGGUACAGAGGAUACCUGAACACGCGGUCGACAAGCUCUGGAGGUAUGUUCACUAUGUUCCCACCCGCACACAAGUACCACAACCCGCUAAAUCAUAUCAGACACCGAUUGAGCCAUAUUUUAUACCCCUAGCGUAUGCCUUGAUCUUGCUCCAAAACAGGGGCCAGCCCUGCAUCUUCUAUGGUGAUCUAUACGGCAUGCGAGGGGAUCCAAGACAUUCAGCCGCCCCUACCUGUGGGGGCCGACUUCCGAUACUCACCCAAGUUCGGAAGCUGUAUGCCUACGGAGAACAGGAGGACUACUAUGAUCAGCCGAACUGCAUAGGUUUCGUCCGUUAUGGCAACCUUCGACACCCUUCGGGUCUCGCGUGCAUCAUGAGCAACGCCGGACCUACGCGAAAGCGAAUGUUUGUCGGCCGGGCACAUGCCAAAGAGCGGUGGACUGACAUCCUCGAAUGGCAUAAUGAGGUUGUCACGAUUGAUCGACGAGGUUACGGGACUUUUCCUGUCGCUGCAACGAGCGUGAGUGUCUGGGUUAAUUCUGCUGCACCAGGAAGAGAGAGCUUCGUUCGCAAUUUGUGA